AUGGGCCUCGCUUUGAAGAGGCCAGAUGAUGCUACCGGGUCCGCAACCCCAGCCAUCAUCAUCGGUCUAUUUGUUGCCUUUGGAGGUGUUCUAUUUGGAUAUGACACUGGAACUAUCAGCGGGAUUUUAGCCAUGAAACAUUGGCGUGAAAUGUUCUCAACUGGCUACAUCAAUCCUAAAGAUAAUUUCCCCGAUGUGACCUCUUCGCAAUCUUCCAUGAUCGUUUCCCUCCUCUCUGCGGGAACUUUCUUUGGUGCACUCGGUGCUGCCCCUGUUGCGGACCACUUUGGUCGUCGCAUUGCUAUGAUCAUCGAGACUUUUGUCUUCUGCUUUGGUGUCAUUUUACAAACUGCAUCGACAUCAAUCCCAUUAUUUGUGGCUGGCCGGUUCUUUGCUGGUCUAGGCGUUGGUCUUCUUUCUGCUACCAUCCCCCUGUAUCAGUCCGAGACAGCUCCUAAGUGGAUUCGUGGAACUAUAGUCGGUGCCUAUCAGCUUGCCAUUACAUUUGGUUUGCUCUUAGCUGCUAUCGUCAACAACUCUACCAAAGAUCGCAACGAUACCGGCUGCUAUCGGAUUCCUGUUGCAAUUCAGUUUGCGUGGGCUAUCAUUUUGGUCACGGGAAUGAUCAUUCUGCCUGAAACACCACGAUUCCUCAUAAAACAGAACAAGUCCGGAGAGGCUGUUAAGUCUCUUGCUCGUCUUCGUCGUCUUGAUGUUGAUGAUUCUGCUCUUAUUCAAGAGCUCGCAGAAAUCCAGGCCAAUCACGAGUUUGAGCUACAGCUUGGCAAGGCUACUUAUCUUGAGAUUUUGCGCGGCUCCCUUGGAAAGCGCCUGGCAACAGGAUGUGCUGUUCAGGCACUACAACAACUCGCUGGUGUCAAUUUCAUCUUUUACUACGGCACCACGUUUUUCCAAAAUUCCGGUAUCCAAAACUCUUUCGUCAUUACUCUAAUCACCAACAUUAUCAAUGUUCUCUCAACUUUCCCGGGUCUCUAUAUGGUUGAAAAAUGGGGCCGACGUCCAUUGUUAAUGUUCGGUGCCGUCGGCAUGUGUGUCUCACAAUUUAUUGUGGCAAUUGUCGGCACCACAACAAAUUCAACCGUUGCGAACAAGGUUCUCAUCGCCUUUGUCUGUGUUUAUAUUUUCUUUUUUGCAAGCUCCUGGGGACCCGUUGCUUGGGUCGUUACUGGUGAACUAUUCCCUCUUAAAGCUCGUGCCAAGUGUCUCUCGAUUACAACCGCAACCAACUGGCUACUCAACUGGGCUAUUGCAUAUGCAACACCAUACAUGGUGAACAGUGGCCCGAGCAACGCCAAUUUACAGUCCAAAGUCUUCUUCAUCUGGGGUGGAUUCUGCUUCAUCUGUGCCAUCUUUGUCUAUACCUGUAUCUAUGAGACGAAGGGUCUCUCCCUGGAACAGGUUGACGAACUGUACUCGAAGGUGCCGUUUGCUUGGCAAUCCAAGAACUUUGUCCCUUCGGUUCACUAUACUGAUGUUCGCGAUGUCUCCAUGUCUAAGCCGGGUGACCUUGCUCAGCUCGAAAUGGAGGCUAAUGAAAAGCGAAGUGGGGAGCAUGCGACUCAUAUGGAGAGCAUUGAUAUGAGAGCGAAUGUUUAA